CGGAGGUGGGCGGACGGGCGGGCGGGCCGUGCCAGGCAGAGCAGGGCCUGGCCCAGAAGGGCCCGGUGGCUUUCCUUCCGCCUGCCCUCCGUCCUUAGGCGGCAGAGGGGAGGCCCGCCGCCCGCCAGCUCGCCCGCGACCGUCAGGAAAGGGCGGCCUCGCUGCGGUGCGGACGGGGGCACUGGUGGCAGGGCUUGGAGGGAGGGGGUCAUUAGAUUUCCCCGUGCCGCCCCCGCGGUGAGGGCGAGGGGGGAGGCGGCCCGUGGCUCCCUCCUUCCUUUCCUUCCUUCCUUCCUUCUUUCCGCUGCGGCGCCCGCGGGAUGAAGCUGAAGAAGCAGGUGACGGUGUGCGGGGCGGCGAUCUUCUGCGUGGCCGUCUUCUCCCUCUACCUGAUGCUGGACCGCGUCCAGCACGACCCGGCCCGCCACCAGAACGGCGCCAGCUUCCCCCGGAGCCAGAUCUCCGUGCUCCAGAACCGAAUUGAACAACUGGAGCAACUUCUGGAAGAGAACCAUGAAAUCAUCAGCCACAUUAAGGAUUCUGUGCUGGAGCUGACGGCCAACGCAGCCGCGGAGGGCGGCCAGGCCGCGGUGUUGCCCCUCCGCCUGCCCAACGGCUCCUGGGUGCUGCCCGCGGAGAACCGGCCCAGCUUCUUCUCUGUCGCCUCUCAGGACUGUCAGUUUGCACUCAAGCCCAGUAACCAGAAAGCAGAUCUGCAGAUGUUGGCAGUGUCCGCGUUGCUCCCCUAUGACAACCAGGACGGUGGGGUGUGGAAGCAAGGCUUUGAUAUCAGCUAUGAGCCCCACGAAUGGGACACAGAAGUACUGCAAGUAUUUGUGGUGCCACAUUCUCACAAUGACCCAGGGUGGAUCAAGACAUUUGACAAAUAUUACUUUGACCAGACACAGCACAUCUUGAACAGCAUGGUGGUGAAGCUGCAGGAGGACCCACGGCGGCGUUUCAUCUGGUCUGAAAUCUCCUUCUUCUCUAAGUGGUGGGACAACAUCAGUGCCCAGAAACGGGCUGCUGUGCGCAGGCUUGUAGGCAACGGUCAGCUGGAAAUGGCAACAGGAGGCUGGGUGAUGCCAGAUGAAGCGAACUCCCACUACUUCGCCAUGAUUGACCAGCUCAUUGAGGGUCACCAGUGGCUGGAGAAGAAUAUUGGGGUGACGCCACGCUCUGGCUGGGCCGUGGAUCCCUUUGGCCACAGUGCCACCAUGCCUUAUCUUCUGCGCCGCGCCAACCUGACCAGCAUGCUCAUCCAGCGGAUUCACUAUGCCAUCAAGAAGCACUUUGCAGCGACACAGAACUUGGAGUUCAUGUGGAGGCAGAGCUGGGAUCCUGACUCCAGCACCGACAUCCUCUGCCACAUGAUGCCCUUCUAUAGUUACGAUGUGCCCCAUACCUGCGGUCCUGACCCAAAGAUCUGCUGCCAGUUUGACUUCAAGCGCCUGCCGGGCGGCCGCAUCAACUGCCCCUGGAAAGUGCCCCCCAAAGCCAUCACCAGCUUCAACGUGGCUGAGCGGGCACAACUCUUGCUUGAUCAGUACCGGAAGAAAUCCAAGCUCUACCGAACCAAAGUGUUGCUGGUGCCACUGGGGGACGACUUCCGCUACGACAAGCCCCAGGAAUGGGACGCCCAGUUCCUCAACUACCAGCGCCUCUUUGACUUCCUGAACGCCCACCCGGAGCUCCACGUGCAAGCACAGUUCGGGACCCUCUCAGAUUACUUUGAUGCGCUGUACAAGCAGAUGGGCAUUGUGCCAGGCAUGCACCCACCUGGCUUCCCAGUAGUCAGUGGGGAUUUUUUCUCCUACGCAGACCGCGAGGAUCACUACUGGACAGGCUACUACACUUCCCGACCCUUCUACAAGAGCAUGGGCCGUGUGCUAGAGGCCCAUCUCCGCGGUGCUGAGAUCUUGUACAGCUUAGCUCUGAGUCAUGCUCGUCAUGCAGGCAUGGACAGCCGGUACCCACUCUCAGACUACGCCAUGCUCACGGAUGCACGGCGCAACCUGGGGCUCUUCCAGCAUCAUGAUGCAAUCACAGGCACGGCCAAAGAGGCAGUGGUGGUGGACUACGGCAUCAGGCUGCUCCAUUCUCUGAUGAAUAUCAAGCGCGUGAUCAUCAAUGCUGCACAUUACUUGGUGUUAGUGGACAAGGACGUCUACCACUAUGAUCUGGCAGCUCCCUUCCUUGGCACAGAUGAAACUCGCUUGAAUCAAGAUUCUCUGCCAGAGAAAACCGUCAUCAAGCUGGAGGCUGCGCCCAGGUUUGUGGUUGUCUUCAACCCUCUGGAACAAGAACGCCUGAGCCUGGUGACCCUGCUGGUGAACACCCCUCGCGUCCGCGUCCUCGAUGAGGAGGGGCAGCCCCUGGCGGUGCAGCUGAGUGCCCAGUGGAGCUCCGCCAUGGACAUGGCCCCUGAUGUCUACCAGGUGUCCAUCAUCCUACGUCUGCCAGCGCUGGGCCUUAGCAUCCUGCAGCUGAGCAAGUCCUUUGACAGCCACAAUACCUUCAAGUCUUCUGUCCGCCUCUUCCUGCACGGGCGUGACCUUCCUGUGCACAAGUACGAGGCCUUCCCGGUGCAAGUCAUCCCCACUGCCACGGACGACUUCUGCCUAGAGAACCAGCACAUGCAGGCGUGCUUCUCAGGGCCCAGUGGGUCGCUCAAGAGCGUUUCUCACGUGGGAGGUGAGCAAGAGCAGAAGCUGAGUAGCCAGUUUCUCGUCUAUGGGACCCGGACCACGAAAGACAAAAGUGGCGCCUACCUCUUCCUGCCUGAUGGAGAAGCCAAGCCUUAUGUCCCCAAGGAACCCCCCUUGAUUCGGGUGACAGAAGGACCUUUCUUCUCAGAGGUGGCUGUUUAUUACCAGCAUGUCCAGGAAGUGGUCCAGCUCCACAACGUGCCAGGUGUCGAUGGGCUGUCCCUGGAGAUCUCCUGCCUGGUGGACAUCCGAGACCACAUCAACAAAGAGCUGGCUCUGCGGUUUAGUACUGACAUCGAGAGCAAGGGUGCUUUCUUCACGGAUCUCAAUGGCUUCCAGAUCCAGCCUCGGCAGCACCUGAAGAAGCUGCCGCUUCAGGCCAACUUCUAUCCCAUGCCAACCAUGGCCUACAUCCAAGAUGCACGGAGCCGCUUGACUUUGCACACAGCCCAGGCCUUGGGCGUUUCAAGCCUCAGCAGUGGCCAGCUGGAGGUCAUUUUGGACCGGCGUCUCAUGCAGGAUGAUAAUCGCGGCCUAGGGCAAGGCCUGAAGGAUAACAAACGGACCUGGAACCGCUUCCGGCUGCUCCUGGAACGACAUAGCGCUGCUAGCAAGGUGCAGGAGACCCCACUUGUGAGCUUCCCAUCUCUGCUGAGCCACAUGACCUCCAUGUACCUAAACAUGGAGGUGCUGGUGAUGCCCGUUUCCCAGGAAAAGCCACCUCCUCCCACCCUGAGGUCAUUUGUGCCCCUUUCAGCUACCAUGCCCUGCGACUUCCACCUUCUCAACUUGCGCACAUUACAAGGAGAGGAUGAUUCCUUGCCUUCAACUGAGAGCGCUCUAAUUCUGCACCGCAAGGGCUUUGACUGCGGCCUGGAAGCCAGGAACUUGGGCUUCAACUGCACAACCACCCAGGGCAUACACCAUCGUCCACCUGGACCCCAUGGAGAUUGCCACUUUCCGUCUUCGCUUUGGAUAGCGCCACGGCCGGGCAUUCUGGGAGUGGGACUGGUCAUCAGCGCGUCUUACUCGGCCUGCAUCCCAGCCCAUUCGGUGUUGCCCUGUAGGCUGUGACACCGGGCCAGGGGCUCACAAGGCCUGAUAAGACUCAGUGGAACUCUUCUUAUUUAUUGGUCCACCCUUCAAGAAGCUGCAGAAAAAGACACCCAGGAGGUUAUGUGGUCAAUGCGCAGAGGCUUCACCACGCACCCCUCCGAACUAGUUGGUCCCUAGAAGUGGGGGAUGCGGGAAUCCCUCCUGCCCAGCCCCUCCCAUUCUCAGGGAACGAGAUGUGUGUUCUCGCCAUGCCUGCCCUUGGAGGCCCCGUCAGAUGCCUCACAAGCAGGGAACCAGGACUUGAAGAUGUAGCAAACACUGGAAGGGGGGAGGCAAGGUACGUGUGAGCUUCCAAGAGCUCUGGACAAACUUUGAGAAAACAAAGCCCUCCUUUGAAGCCUUUGUCUC